AUGUCUGGCCUUCAAUCAGUUUUAUACUGUGGAGUUUGUACUUAUCCAAUUGAAUAUUGUGAAUUUUCAGGUAAAUUAAAACGUUGUAAAAAAUGGCUUUUAGAUAAUCAUCCAGACAUAUAUCCAAAAUAUUAUUCAAAUGAUAGUAAAGAUGAUGAAUUGCCAGCUGUUGAUUCUAGUAUUGGUGUCGAAAGAGAAGAAAAAUUAGAAAAAAGUUUAAAGAAAUUAGAACUUAAGGAAGAAAAUAAAGAAAAAAGAGAAUUAGAAAAAAAGUUAUCAUCUAAAAUUAUUAUAAAGAGAGAAUCACGUACCAAGAGAAAGUCUAUUGUUGUUAUUUCCGGAUUAGAAAUCUUAGAGAUUGAUAUGAAGAAAUUGGCCAAGACAUUUGCGUCUAAAUUUGCCACUGGUUGUGCUGUUUCUAAAAAUGCAGAAAAGAAAGAUGAUAUUGUCAUUCAAGGGGAUGUUUUAGAUCAAAUGGACAGUUAUAUCCAUGGAUUAUUGGAACAACAUGGGUUGAAGAAUGUCAAGGUAGAAAUCAUUGAUAAUUCAAAAAAGAAGAAAGCUGAAGCUCCAAAACCUACUAAAUAA